AUGACAGAUACUGGAACACUAGCGAAAGGAGUUUAUUGGACUCCAGCACCCUUGGGAUAUGCUGCUGGUAUAGGACGUGGUGCUGUGGCGUUUACUACAAGAUCUGAUAUUGGUCCAGCCCGAGAAGCUAAUGAUGUUUCAGAUGAACGACAUGUCGCUCCAUCUAAACGUCGAAAGGAGCAGGAAGAGGAAGAGGAGGACUUAAACGAUUCAAAUUAUGAUGAGUUUACAGGCUAUGGUGGUAGUUUGUGUGCAAAAGAUCCUUAUGAGAAGGAUGAUCAAGAAGCAGAUGCUAUUUAUGCUUCUAUUGAUGAUAGGAUGGAUGAAAGACGGCGGGAGUACAGAGAAAAACGUUUUCGUGAAGAGAUCGAAAAGUAUCGUCGUGAAAGACCAAAGAUUCAACAGCAGUUCAUGGAUUUGAAGCGUGAUUUAGCGAGUGUAUCUGAAAGUGAAUGGAAUGCUUUACCGGAAGUUGGCGAUUCACGAAAUAGGAAGCAAAGAAACCCUAGAUAUGAACGUUUUACUCCGAUCCCAGAUAGCAUAAUUGCAAAAGGCUUGUCUGAUGGUCAAACCAAUGUUUCUGUAGAUGUAAUUGAACAAAGUUUAGGAGGCUUAACUACACCGUUUACUUCACAAACAGCUCAGAUGGAUAUUGAUAUGAAGAAAAUUGGUGAAGCGCGUACUUCUUUGAUGGAUAUUAAGCUGACACAGGUUUCUGAUAGUGUAUCAGGACAAACUGUUGUUGAUCCCAAAGGGUAUUUGACUGAUCUACAGUCCAUGAUUCCUCAACAUGGUGGUGAUAUAAACGACAUGAAAAAAGCUCGACUCUUAUUAAAAUCGGUACGCGAAACUAAUCCUAAACAUGCUCCUGCUUGGAUUGCAUCUGCUCGUUUAGAAGAAAUAGCUGGUAAACUCCAGGUUGCGCGCAACUUAAUUCUUAGUGGGUGUGAAGAAUGCCCUAAAUCAGAAGAUAUUUGGCUAGAAGCAGCACGGUUAGUACCACCCGAACAAGCAAAAUCUGUUGUAGCUCAAGCUAUACGUCAUUUACCUCAGUCGGUCCGCUUAUGGGUAAAAGCAGCCGACUUAGAAACAGAGCAUAAAGCUAAAAAAGUUGUAUUUAAAAAGGCAUUAGAACAAGUCCCAAACUCUGUAAGGUUGUGGAAAUUGGCAGUUGAAUUGGAGGAUGAAGAUGAUGCCCGACUAAUGUUAUCUUUAGCUGUUGAAUGUUGCCCAACGUCUGUUGAAUUAUGGCUUGCAUUAGCUCGUCUGGAAACUUAUGAACAAGCUAGAGUUGUUUUGAAUAAAGCUCGCGAAAGCAUUCCUACAGACAGACAAAUUUGGUUUGCAGCUACUCGUUUAGAGGAGGCUCAAGGAAACCAAAAUAUGGUGCAGAAAAUUGUUGAUCGUGGUGUCGCAUCUUUACAAGCAAAUAUGGUUGAAAUCAAUCGUGACCAGUGGAUUAAAGAUGCAGAGGAAUGUGAAAAAGCUAAAAGUGUUCUUACCGCUCAAGCUAUAAUUAAAGCUAUUAUAGGAUAUGGUUUAGAAGAACAAGAUAAAAAGCAUACAUGGUUGUCAGAUGCAGAGAAUUGUGCUACUAGCGGCGCAAUAGAAUGUGCUCGUGCUAUUUAUGCUGUAGCAUUGGCUCAUUUUCCUACAAAGAAAAGUAUUUGGCUACGUGCUGCUUAUUUUGAACGAAAUCAUGGAACAAGAGAAACUUUAGAAGAACUUUUGCGUCAAGCUGUUAGUCAUUGUCCUCAAGCAGAAGUGCUUUGGCUUAUGGCAGCAAAGACACGCUGGCUUGCAGGUGAUGUCCAGCAGCUCGAGAUAUGGUUAGCUGCUGUAAAACUUGAAUCAGAAAAUAAAGAAUAUGCACGUGCACGUCGUUUACUAGAUAAAGCUUGUGCUUCUGCUUCUACAGCUCGUGUAUGGAUGAAAGCGGCUAGAUUGGAAUGGUGUUUAGGUGAAUUAAAUAAAGCUUUAGAAAUGUUAGAAAAAGCUACAUCAACAUAUAAUCAGGCACCAAAGCUGUGGUUAAUGCUUAGUCAAGUUUAUGAACAGUUGUCAGAAGAAGGCUUAAAACCGAAUGAGGUUGAAUCAUUAAAAGAACGUGCUAGAAACACCUAUCGCGAAGGACUGAACCAUAACCCACAUUAUACUGCCCUGUGGUUGCAGUUGGCCAGAUUUGAAGAACGACAAGGUAACUUAACUAAAGCACGUUCCAUUUUGGAGAAGGCCCGUUCACAAAAUCCUAAAACACCAGAACUGUGGUUGGAGGCUAUCAGAUUAGAAGUAAGAGCUAAUUUGAAACCUGUAGCUGAUUCACUUCUUUCAAAAGCACUUCAAGAAUGCCCAACAUCUGGUUGUUUAUGGGCUGAGGCAAUAUUUAUGACUCCUAGAGCUCAGCGUAAAAGCAAGUCAGUGGAUGCUUUAAAGAAGUGUGAACAUGAUCCACUGGUACUUCUAGCUGUAUCCAAAAUGUUUUGGUGUGAACGACUGGUCAUGAAAGCUCGUAAUUGGUUUACAAGAACAGUGAAACUAGAACCAGAUCUUGGCGACGCAUGGGCUUACUUUUACAAAUUUGAAUUACAACAUGGGACGGAAGAUCAACAGAAAGAAGUAUACCGACGUUGUGUUACUGCAGAACCUCAUCAUGGUGAAGUAUGGUGCCAAAUCAGUAAAGACCCUAAGAACUGGCGAUUGAAAACAAAAGAUUUAUUAAAAAUUGCAGCAGAAACAAUCGUUUUACCAAGUUGA